ACGUCGACUUCUGCGCAGGGUGCAGGCUCGCUCCUAAUUGGUUGGUCCUCGGACCGCCCUCCUCCGCUCGCCACCUCUGGGUUCCCUCCCUGGUCCGCAGUAAGAACACUGCCCUCUUGUCUCUUGACCCUUGGGCCUCUCUCCCUUCCCUCCCUCUUUCCCGUCGCCGCUGUCGCUUCAGGCGCCCCUGCUCCCGGAGCAGCUUCCGGCUCGGUGAUGGGGUCUCGGGCUUCCACGUUAUUGCGGGACGAAGAGCUCGAGGAGAUCAAGAAGGAGACUGGCUUUUCCCACAGUCAGAUCACCCGCCUCUACAGCCGAUUCACCAGCUUGGACAAAGGAGAGAAUGGGACUCUCAGCCGGGAAGAUUUCCAACGGAUUCCAGAACUUGCCAUCAACCCACUGGGGGACCGGAUCAUCAAUGCCUUCUUUCCGGAGGGAGAGGACCAGGUAAACUUCCGUGGAUUCAUGAGAACUUUGGCUCAUUUUCGACCCAUUGAGGAUAAUGAAAAGAGCAAAGAUGUGAAUGGACCAGAACCACUCAAUAGCCGAAGCAACAAACUGCACUUUGCUUUUCGACUAUAUGAUUUGGAUAAAGAUGACAAGAUUUCCCGUGAUGAGCUAUUACAGGUGCUACGUAUGAUGGUCGGAGUAAAUAUCUCAGAUGAGCAGCUGGGCAGCAUUGCAGACAGGACCAUCCAGGAGGCUGAUCAGGAUGGGGACAGCGCCAUCUCUUUUACAGAGUUUGUUAAGGUUUUGGAGAAGGUGGACGUAGAACAGAAAAUGAGCAUCCGAUUUCUUCACUAAAGGACUGAGACCAAACUGUUCUUGCUUUUGAGUAUUUAAGAACUGGAACUUGAGAGUCCUCCUCACCACCAGCCCCACCUCCACCCCAUCAUUCCGCCUUCUCCCAAAGUACUACUGCUGUUGCAUGAGAACCCCAAAUACGGUCUGUCAACACAAACCUGCCUUUGGUGUAUAAACAGGGCAUUACAGAAUGGUACACCCGUCUAUUUCUGUUCAGUAUCAUUCGCCAGUUAUCUCCAUUUCUAAAUACCAUCUCCCCUGGUUUGCUGCUGAAUGCCACAUGUCCAUCCAGUCUGAGAAAAUGAGAGAGGGACUCCUGCCAAGAACCAACCAGCAAAGCUCUUUCACUGGAUGUAGACGAAACCGUGCUGCCUUCCCUCCAGCCAGGCUUUGGCAUGCUCCUUCAUCUUUUUUUUAUAUCUUUUUUCAUCCCUCGCUUUCUACUUCUCUCUCACCCAACAGAUCAUUCACUUUGUCUUUCAAUCUCUCUGCUUUUCUUUAAGCUUCAGUCCCUCUGUUCUACUUGGCACCCUAAGCUAUGCCUGUUAAAUGUAUUUCUCACUUGGCAGGAUAGUGCAGUGGUCUGGCAGUUUUUGUCUAUCUUCAUUCUUAAAUGGGUCUCUGGGAUGUUGCCUCUCCAGGAGGUUUUCCAUAACCAACAUUUCUCUCAGAAAAAUGAUCAUCUCUGGUCCCCUGCACUCUGCUCUGUCAUCAAAGGGCCGUUGGUUGGGGAUGUUCUUCUUGAAAGGUAGUGGCCUUGGUGAGAGGUGUAGAGCCAAGUGUGCUAGGUGGCUUGCCCAGGUCGCUCUACCUCUGGCCUCUGAUUAUCAAUAUACACACCUACGUGGCUACUCAUGUUAGUACAGUGUUGACUCUUCAGAAAAUAGCCAUAUGCCUGCAGGUUUAUUUAGUUUGGGGGCAUCAUCACCACCAGAAUGGCUGCUCUGCCAAUAUGCUUGGGGCGUUUCUCAUGGCUUUUUGAACAAGGAGCCUGGGCAUUCUAAAAGCCUGGUAUGUCCCCACUUCUGCAGCAUGGUUUAUGCCUCAGUGUUAUGUGCCCUGGAAUGUUUUUCAUUUCACAUUUCCAAACUGGAAGAUUAGUGUAAUGGAAGUGCCUAAUUCAUCCCAGUCCAAGAGAUUUAAAGGUUAUCUUCAGUGUCUUGAUGUUUUGCACAAAAUUCUCUCUGAAUUUUACCGUUGGCAAAUAUUAAUGCUGGAAGCCAUAGUCGGCUCCUAAAAGAGGUCCAAAGCACUGAAUGUAUUAUUAACUACCUGGUUACGUUGACUUCCUAGCUCCUCUUGUAAACCACUAAUAUCUUGGAAACAAGGAGUCUGGCACCAGUGGCACGACCUGAAGUGGCAUUACAGGCUUUUGCAUGAGCCAGAGCAACUUCUCUGCCUAUCCAGCUUGGUAUCGUCCUGUC